AGGGGCCGCCGGGGAGCCGUGCGCGGACCUGGCGCUGAUACUUUCACCUUCCCAACGGGCCCCUCCCAGCCCAGCGGCCCGGGGCCGCCCCCCACCCCGCAGGCAGACGAAGCGGGUUAAAUUCCCGCGCCGGGCGGACGCUUAGGAGGCGGGAUCCGGGCAGGCCGGUCCCGGAGACGCGCGGGGCUUUUCCUUCCCGCCGCGGGCAGGGGUCCCCGGGACAGCUCCGUGGGGAGCCGUCCAGGACCCCGCUCCUCCCCCUGCUGCUGGGGCCCGCUCGCCCGGCCCCGCCCGGGGAGCCGAGGGGAGGAGGAAAUCAGCUGCUAUCCCUUUAACAGGCGCUGGCGCUGAGCGGAGUUCAGGCCGGGGUCAGUGGGAGUUCGCAGCCCGGGCUUUACCUUUGCGCCUAGCCGUGCGCCGGCGGCACAUGCUGUCUCCUGCGCUGCGCCCCGGAGCGGCCGCCGGGCCUGGCACGCAGGGCGCAGCGAGCGCCGAGGGAGGCAGCGCCUUGGCAGCACAGCCCGUGGAGCUGGCAUGGGCCGGAGGCGCCGGCUGGCGGCGGGGAGCGCACGGCGGGGACCCAGGGGCUGAGGCCGCUGCUCAGGGGACAUGAGAGUCCGCAGAGACCUCGGCUGGCUGGCGGAAGCGACGGAGCCCCCAGGUGGCGGGGGGAGCCCCAUGCUGGAGGCCAUGGAGAUGCCGAGCCACUCCAGACAGCUGCUCCUGCAACUCAACACGCAGCGGGCCAAGGGCUUCCUGUGCGACGUGAUCAUCGUGGUGCAGAACGCGCUGUUCCGCGCGCACAAGAACAUCCUGGCGGCCAGCAGCGUCUACCUGAAGUCGCUGGUGGUGCACGACAACCUGCUCAACCUGGACCACGAGAUGGUGAGCCCGGGCAUCUUCCGCCUGGUGCUGGACUUCAUCUACACCGGCCGCCUGGGCGAGUGCGAGCCGGGCGAGCAGGGCCUGGGCGCCGUGCUGGCGGCCGCCAGCUACCUGCAGGUGCCGGCCCUGGUGGCUUUGUGCAAGAAGAAGCUGAAGCGGACGGGCAAGUACUGCCACCUGCGAGGCGGCUACAGCCCCUACGGCAAGAUGGCCAGGGGGCUGCGGGCCGCCACCCCCGUCAUCCAGACCUGCUACUCGGCUGCCCCCCGGCCUGUGGACCUGCAGCCUGGAGAGCCCCACAGCACCCAGUGCGGGGAGCUCUAUGCCUCUGCCUCCCAGGGCACCGCCCUGCACCAGCCUGGGCUGUGCCCACCCGAGAGGCACUGCUCCCCCCCCUGCGGCCUGGACCUCUCCAAAAAGAGCCCCACCAGCCCUUCCUCCCAGCUGCUGCCCACAGACAGACUCCACCCGGGGGACAGCAGGGAGCCCUUGCUGCCCCCCAGGCACGACAGCCCCCCGGGCAGCGCUUCCCUGCUGGCCAACCACAGCUCUGCCUACAAAGACCCUCCCCAGGUGGGCGAAGGCGUGAUUCACCCCGCGGAGCGCUUCCGUGGCAGCCCACCCUGUGCCGAGUCCCUUGCCCGGGCCGAAGGCCGCGACUUCCUGUACCGCUGGAUGAAGCACGAGCCCCCGGGCAGCUACCUGGAGGAGUGUGAGGCGGAGAAAGAGCCUGAGCGGGAGGAGAAGGCCGAGUCGCCCCCGCAGUCCCGCUACCCCAGCAUCGAGAGCAACGAGAUGGAGAACGACAACAGCACCAGCGAGGACACGGGCAGCAGCGAGGGCCCAUCCCCCGGGGGCACCCUGGGCCCCUACUGCAGCCACCUGGCCUACGAGCCCGAGAGCCUGGGGGACAACCUGUACGUGUGCAUCCCGUGCGGCAAGGGCUUCCCCAGCUCGGAGCAGCUCAAUGCCCACGUGGAGGCCCACACCGAGGAGGAGCUGUACCACAAGGCGGCCUCGGAGCAGGCCGGCCCCUUCCUAGACAAAGGUGGCCAGAGCCUGGGCGACAUCAUCCGUCCCUACCGCUGCUCCUCCUGCGACAAGGCCUACAAGGACCCAGCCACGCUGCGGCAGCACGAGAAGACGCACUGGCUCACGCGGCCCUACCCCUGCACCAUCUGCGGCAAGAAGUUCACGCAGCGCGGCACCAUGACGCGGCACAUGCGCAGCCACCUGGGCCUCAAGCCCUUUGCUUGCGACGCCUGCGGCAUGCGCUUCACCCGGCAGUACCGGCUCACCGAGCACAUGCGCAUCCACUCGGGCGAGAAGCCCUAUGAGUGCCAGGUGUGCGGCGGCAAGUUCGCCCAGCAGCGCAACCUCAUCAGCCACAUGAAGAUGCACGUGGCCGGGCCCGACGGCAAGGCCAAGCUGGACUUCCCUGAGAGCGUCUUCGCCAUGGCGCGGCUCACGGCCGACCAGCUGGGCCUCAAGCAGGAGAAAGCGGCCGAGCU